CUACCGAUUAUCAAAUUUAUCCACCUUCCUCGAUUUUCUACUCAUUUUUAGUCAGGAGGAGUAAAAACGGGGUUGUAUUAGUGGUGAUCAUGCCCGAAUCCGAACGUCGGCGCAGACGGCCACCUGUCUCGUGUGUUCUCUGUAGGAGACGCAAGAUCCGGUGUAAUAAGGAAGUUCCUUGCAGUAAUUGUGUUCGAUCUAAAAGCGGGAAUUGCGUCUACACAAAUUAUGCUUCUCAUCCUGCGCAACGGGUAACGAGAAUCAAUUCAGAAUCUCAUUAUCCAACUCCAGCUACCAGCGCGAACACAUCAGCGGCUGUUCAAAGCAAUGCAUCCAAAUCAUCACCUGGAGAAGUCGCUUCAACCGCUAGCUCGUCUCAUGUCAAUCAACAGUCUACUCAAGAUGUUGAGUCCUUGAAUCAUCGAAUCAGGCAACUUGAAGAGCAGCUGUCUAAAGCAACUAAAACUUCAUCUCAAUCUCCUGCAUCUACUACAGAAUCCAACAUAGAGACAAUUACCUCACGCAUUGGAGGGACUUUUCACAUCCACCACGAGGACGGCUUUGGCCAGCCACAAGCCAUUCCCCGCAGCAUCACGCACAAGACGCGCCUUUUCGGACAGAGCCAUUGGGUAACUGGAUUUCCACUUGUACGAGAUGUUAUAGGCCUUAUGGAGCCACUCGUACGAGAAGAGGCAUCAAAAGCUUUCUAUCUCAUGAAUAAAUCGAAAGCCAUGGCAAGGGAAAUUAAAGCCCGGAGAGCCCCACCGUGGCCAACGCCACCAAAUACACAACUGCCCCCUAAGGACGUUGCUGACGAGCUGGUCGACCGCUAUUUUCGGACAGUCGAGCCCAUCUAUCGGGUGCUACACGUACCUAAUUUCAGAAGGGACUAUGAAGCUCACUGGGUAUCACCUAACGAGCCUAACAUGGCAUUCCUAAUCCAGCUGAAAUUAGUGCUAGCUAUCGGAGCAACCACCUAUGAUGAUCGAUUUUCUCUAAGAACUUCAGCAAUGCAAUGGGUUUACGAAGCUCAGACUUGGGUUUCUGAACCUGGAUUUAAGCACAGAUUAAACAUCUCAUAUCUGCAGACUAAUAUCCUACUUCUUCUUGCUCGAGAAUUCGCUGAUGUAGGUCCAGAUUUGGUCUGGAUCUCAGCUGGUACGCUUUUUAGGACUGCAGUGUAUAUGGGGUUACACAAAGACCCUACAACGCUCCCUAAAAUGACAAUGUAUACCGCUGAAAUGCGCCGAAGACUAUGGAACACCCUUAUAGAGAUAUCCCUCCAACUAAGCCUAACUUCAGGGGGUCCUCCGUUCAUGUCUCUCGACAUGUUCGAUAUCGAACCCCCCGGUAACUUCGACGACGAACAAAUUACAGCCGAGGACGCAGUUCCAAAACCAGAAAAUCAUUUCACACAAACAUCCAUAGCUCUAGCCCUUCGGAAGACAUUCCCAGUCCGCCUUGCAAUCGCAAAAUUCCUCAACGACCACAAUUCCCACGGUACAUACAGCGAGACACUCCGACUCGACGCAGAACUAAAAGCAGCAUAUAAACCCGUGCUCAAAGCCUUUCAGGGAUACAAAUCCAGUUCUGGACCGAAACCCUCAGAAUUCGAAAUCGAUGUAGUGAGUCUCAUCAUGAACCGCUACGUCUUAUCCCUCCAUAUCCCAUAUUUCGCCCCCGCAAUGCAAGAGGCGGCCUACGCAUUCUCUAGAAAGGUAGUCGUUGAAACUUCACUGAAAAUGUGGCGUGCCGCAUACCCACCACCACUAAGUACAACCCCGCAGUCCCAGCACAAUAGCACAUCUUCACUAGACCGGCACGAUUUAGCACGCCUCACGACCUGCGCAUCUGGAUUCUUUCGCAUCGUUGUGCUGCAGGCUAGUGUGCUCAUAGCAGCGGAGUUAAUAGUCCAGUUACGAGAAGAAGACAAUCUAGGACCUGGACUUAUACGACAGGACCUCUUGUCCGUAUUAGAAGAAGGGAAGACGUGGGCUUUACGAUGCAUUGAAGCUGGCGAGACCAGUAUCAAGGGCUAUUUCCUCGCAAGCUUGCUCGCGGCGCAAGUCGAGGGGUUGAUGCAAGGUCUUGGGAAAGAAGAGCUUCCGCAAUAUUUAAUCAAAGCCGCGGAGCAAUCCGAAGAAAAGACUUUGCCAUUACUCGAAGAAAUGAUUGCACGCGGGCAGAGUGAAAUAUCUACCGAGGGACUCGGGAUAAAUCUGACCCCAGAGCCUCAAGCAUUCGAAGACUGGGACUUUGAAAUGUCGGACGCCUUAAUAGAUUUCGGGGAUAUGGAACCGGUCAAUUGGGUUUUCAACGGAGCUUGGCAGGACUCGACUUUUUCGUAACAUUAACAGAAAGUGCUGAGCUAUCAUGAACAUGGAACGAAGGUCGGAUAUAUCCGCUAACGUGGUGGCCCGAUGUUAGCAUCCAUCCGCGAAAGCUGUCAUCUUGAAAAUGAUUUGAAAAUCUCAACUAUAUAUAUCGAGUGCUUCCUGGCACGGGAAAGUGUUAGAACAUCCGGGCUUACAGAGAUAUACGACGAUAUCGGCGUACUCUCCGUUUUGACCUUGCGGAUGGGAG